AAUGCUAUAACGUGGAGGUGUAACAAAUUUACCUAUGUUAACAGGCAAAGUCUGCAAUACACCUUCACACAAACCUGGAAACCGAUCAUACAGGAGUACGUCAGUUCGACCAGAAUGAGAACUUUCAACUAUAUCUUCCUAUUACUUACCACAAUAGUGAUCUUCUCUGCUGUGAACGCUGCUGUAGGCGGACCGAUGGCGGUCUUAAAAGAAGGGAUAAAGAUGUUUCCGAGACCGGUGCGUUGGUGUGGACAUGAUGAACUCAUGCGUAAAUUCAAACCCAGACCACUUUCUCCACUUCCUGUAAAGAAAUCCAUAAAGAAACAGUGAUAUUUUGUGCUCAAUUGCCGAUAAACCUUGGCACUGUGA